ACAGACAGAGAGAGAAACAGACAGAGAGAGGAAGGAGGGAAGGAGGAAGGAAAGGAAGAAAGAAAGGAAGGAAGAGACUUAGAUCUAUGGAGACACAAAGAGACUGAGAAACCCCCAAAAAGAAAUACAUAUAAACAAGGAAAGGAGUCUGAAAACAAUAAAAGAGGAUAAAUCUUCCCCUUUUUCCCCCAUCACAAAUGAGGACUGGAAAGACACGACAAAAAGACAGACAGGAGGGGUCCAGGCACAAGACAGACAGGAGGGGUCCAGGCAGAAGACAGAUAGUAGGGGAGACAGAACGGGCUGAAAUGGAGCAAGGGUGACACCAAAGCCAAAGGGAGGAGCCCACAACUGGCGCUGCCUCAGAGACCCUGGGAUAUCUUUGGAGGCUCCCCCUCCCUCCCCAGGCUGGGGCUAUAAAGCACUUGCUUCUCUGUCCCUGACUCACAGCAACUGUUCCAGCCUCAAUCAAACCCUUGUGGUUUACUGAAGCCUCAGCCCCAGGUUACUGCAACAAUGUCCGAUGCAGAGGAGCAGGAUUAUGAGGAGGAACAGCAAGAAGAAGAGGAGGCCGCCGAGGAGGAGGAAGCCCCCGAGGAGUCUGAGCCGGUCGCAGAGCGAGAAGAGGAGCGACCCAAACCCAGCAGGCCUGUGGUGCCUCCACUGAUUCCACCAAAGAUCCCUGAGGGAGAGAGAGUUGAUUUCGAUGACAUCCACCGAAAACGCAUGGAGAAGGACCUGCUGGAGCUGCAGACACUCAUCGAUGUGCACUUUGAGCAGAGGAAGAAGGAGGAGGAGGAGCUCGUGGGGCUGAAGGAUCGGAUUGAACGGCGAAGAGCAGAGAGAGCUGAGCAGCAGCGGGUCCGCACGGAGAAGGAGAGAGAGCGCCAAGCCAAGCUGGCGGAGGAGAAGAUGAGGAAGGAGGAGGAAGAGGCCAAGAAGCGGGCAGAAGAUGAUGCCAAAAAAAAGAAGGUUCUGUCCAAUAUGGGGGCCCACUUUGGAGGCUACCUGGUCAAGGCUGAGCAGAAGCGUGGGAAACGCCAGACGGGGCGGGAGAUGAAACAGAGGAUUCUGUCUGAGCGCAAGAAACCCCUGAAUAUCGACCACAUGGGGGAGGAACAGCUCAGGGAGAAGGCCCGUGAGCUGUCGGAAUGGAUUCACCAGCUGGAGUCGGAGAAGUUUGACCUCACAGAGAAACUUCGGCAGCAGAAGUAUGAGAUCAAUGUUCUCUACAACCGAAUCAGCCAUGCCCAGAAGUUCAGGAAGGGGGCCGGCAAGGGUCGUGUUGGUGGACGCUGGAAGUGAGUCUUCUGUCCAAGGAGGGUCCUGCAGAGAGGAUCACAGUGGACCUUCCCAUCUCACCGAGCUGGUCAUGGCCCCUGAGAUGCCCCCAAUCCUGUGGCCUUGCAAGCACCCCCGGCCCUCACCCAUGUCAUCAGCUUCUUGCUUGAGAUUCUGGAAUAAACAUACUCCUGAGCAGGCA